GUGGAAGAGGCGGCUGGCGGCGGCGGCUGCUGCUGCUGCUGCCGGCGGGUCCCAGGCUUGACUUCCCUCCCUCCUCCUCAGUGUAGUAAUUCUUCUUUCAGAGGAUGGGCGCUGGCUUCCCUGCAAGGUGGGUUCCACAGAAGUAGUGCCCUCUGCGUAGGAAAUUCGGACGAUUAAAAAGCAGCAGCAGCAGCAGCAGAUGCAAACCCCAGGCGAGGGGGCGAGGAUGGAAAAGGAAAGCCAUGCACCCCCCCACUAUGGAUCCCUGGAGACAACCAAGUGGAAAGCAGCCGACCCAGGCAAAGAGGAUGAAAUAGUGUCCAUGGCAGACUCCACAGCCACCGUUGAUGAUAUAGAAGGGGAGCUGUUCAAAAUCGAGCGGAUCCGCGAAGUCCUCGUGCGGAGGGAGUCGGAACUUAGAUACAUGAUGGACGACAUACAGCUGUGUAAAGAAAUCAGCCGAUUGAAAAAAGACUUGCAGAAGCUGAUUGCAGUGCCUGAGAAUAAAAAAUCCAAAGAAGACAAGCUGCAAGAGGAGGAGUUAGUGCAACGGAUUCACAAACUGGUCGAGACUCGGGAUUUCCUUGUGGAUGAUGUGGAGUUUGAAAGGCUCAGAGAACGAGAAGAAGACAAGGAAAUGGCUGAGUUUUUGAAGAACAAGCUGUCCAAAGGCUCCCUUCUGAAAACAACUCCUGUAAAAGAAAAUAAGGUAACAUCAAGAGGACAGCAAACUUCUACACCAUAUGUAACAAAGACAGGCCUCACCCUCCUGAAAGAGUGUUGUGGCUUCACCUGCUCCAUCAUGUAGGCUGGGGUCAUUGCCUGCAUCUUCCCAGCCCAAGAUACAUUCAUGGGUAAGCCCUCCCCUUCCCCAGUCAACUGGAACCAUUCAAAUCAUAGAAGAUUCACUAGCUUGUGGAGAAGAGGCCUGGGAUUUCCUUGUGGAUGAUGUGAAAUUUGAAAAUAUGCACGAAAACCGUCAGGAGUCCAAAAACAGGACUACCCACCCGCAUCUCUCUCCAGUCAGCUUAUGGAAUUCAGUCCACAGUGGAUGACAAGAAGAGAGCAGAUGAGCUGUGGAAGAGACAACUCAAAGAGACUGAGUGAUGUUAUUCCUUUUCCACUUAUUAAUACCAUAGGCAGAGGAAUGGUCAUUAAAUCAGGAAGGUAUCUGCCAGCAGGCUGCCGGAUAAUAAAGCAAGGGAGAGUUGGUUGGAUUGGAAAUGGGAUGUUAGUAUCAUAGAUGUGACCUCCCCAAUACACUUCAGAAAAAGCUGUAUUCAUCUUUCUGUUUCCUGACAAAUCUAAAAACAGAAAGAAUAAGCAGAACUACCUUCCCUUACCCACCAGUGUGGAAGGCUGCCUUUCCCCUUCCACUCCCUCAUUAGCAGGUUACAUCUAAACCAUCAUGAUCCAGUGGCAACUGAAGUGCACAGAGCGGUUCCCUAUUCCAUAUCAUGUCUGCAAAAACCACUUCAAAGGGCAUAAUAAUAGCAAUCUGUUUAAAGGAGAGCAUUAUUAAUUACCGGUCAAAAGCAAUGCUAGACAGAAAUCAGUCCUCCAUUCUUCGGAGAUUACAAGAAGGAGAUUAAUUAAGGGAUGCUUCACUCAGGAGUCUUAUACAGGUAAAGAAGUAUCAGGAAUAUAUAUGUAUGUAUGUACACUAUUAUACAUGCAUAUGCAUAUGUUUAACUGCAACCGUGUAAACUGAAAAAGUGCUAUGCAUAUGAUUUAUAUGGCUAGUUAGGUGGGGCAACAGUGUAGGGGUGAAAACAGUGCUGGAUUAACAUAGUAGCAAAAGUAGCAUAUGCUACAGGCCCUGCAUAUUCAAGAGCCUUGCACUAAAUGUUUGGAAGCUGUCUAGUGAAAUGUCAGACAUUUGUCAUAUUAUCUGGCUGCAUAGCAAAUGAAAAAAUUGAAUUACUUUAAUAUUCAAGUAAACAAUUUGUUAAAUAUUUAGGGCCCCUUUAUAACAUGUGCUACAACCCCCCCCCCUCCCCCUACUAACUUUAUCCAGCCCUGGGGAAAAACAUGUAUGAAAGAACACUAAGACUCCCAGAAAUUAUGCAUUCCCAAGUCUUACACUAUCCAUAAUGACACAUCCAGUCUCCUCUUUGGGAUUUCCUGGGAAUGUUUCCACAGCAUCACUUCAAUCAUUUCCCAAUUAGUUUCAAAGUUGGGCCAGCCAUCCCUGAAAAAGUUUUAAUAGACAUGUCUGCAGCAUUUUCUGCUUCUUGCCCUCUCCUCUGUAGUCAAUAGUUGUUCUUUUUCUACUUUGUGACAUCUUCUGAUUUGAAAACGCCUUUUAAAGCCCCAACCAACCCUUUUUACCCAACCCCCUUCCUCCAGUUCCAUGGUGCUUUUCUCCAUUGGAAACUGGUUGGACAUGACCAUUUCUCCCACUCUUAAAUAUUGUGUCAUAGAAUCCACAGGAAAUCAGAGCAGGGGGCACUAUGGCUGCCAAGACAAAGAUUCCCUCUAGGUCUCUGCACACUACAUCCAGACCCAGCCCAAAUGUCAUUUGAAAAGAAAUCACUUGACUCAUCUGACUCAACAGACGAUGGUGACUGGGUUUUAUCCCCAUUGUCCUGCCUCCCCUAGCAACCCUGAGGAUCUCAGAUGCCUUUUUUGCCAUAGCCUUUUCCUAACACAGUGGUUCUCAACCUUCCUAAUGCCGUGACCCUUUAAUACAAUUCCUCAUGUUGUGGUGACCUCAACCCUAACAUUUAUUCAUUUUACAGAUGGAGAACACUGAUGCAGAGAGACUUAGGUGACCCCUGUGAAAGGGUUGUUCGACCCCCAAAGGGGUCCUGACUGCCAGGUUGAGAACCACUGUCCUAACACCAUCCACUAGGUUAUUUGGGUAUCUUUGUGCCAUUUAAUGGCCAGAUUCUGUUUGGGAAGAGCCUAGGGCCACAGCAAUGAACUGAAACUUAGCUGUGAAUGUCGGUUGUCAAGAAUCAUGUGAAGCUUUGUAGAUGAAUCGCUGGGCAUUCAUAUCUUCAUCAUCUGACAUUCCACAACUAGUCAGAUACACACGGGGCAUCUGCCUUUGCACUGUGUCUGUAUAUAUGCCAACUUCUUGGAGGAUUUGUUGAUUGGCUUUGCCCAGUGCUAGUUGAUGGUUAAGAGGCCAGGCUAGGAAGCAGGUGGGAAGAGCAAUGACUAAUGGACAUGAAUGCUACUUUAUUAACACCAGCCAAAUUGGAUUCAACCCAUGCAGGCUCAUGUGGUUCAUAGGCGCAGAUCAAAAACCUCCAUUAAUGUGGUUCUGGUGGGUUU